GCCAUCAUGCAAGCGAUCAAAUGCGUAGUCGUCGGCGAUGGUGCCGUCGGUAAGACGUGCCUACUGAUCAGCUACACAACGAACGCGUUCCCGGGCGAAUACAUCCCGACCGUGUUCGACAACUACUCCGCAAACGUGAUGGUCGACGGCAAACCGAUCAAUCUCGGCCUGUGGGAUACGGCCGGUCAGGAAGAUUACGAUCGGCUGCGCCCCCUCUCCUACCCACAGACGGACGUGUUUCUUAUUUGUUUUUCGCUCGUCAACCCGGCCUCAUUUGAGAACGUGCGGGCAAAAUGGUAUCCGGAGGUGCGCCACCACUGUCCGAACAUACCGAUCAUACUGGUCGGGACGAAGCUCGAUCUGCGGGAUGACAAGAACACGGUGGACAAGCUGCGGGAUAAGAAGCUGGCACCGAUCACGUACCCGCAGGGGUUGGCCAUGGCAAAGGAGAUCGGUGCGGUGAAGUACCUCGAGUGUUCCGCGCUGACGCAGAAGGGGCUGAAGACGGUGUUCGAUGAAGCGAUCCGGGCGGUCCUGUGUCCGAUGAUACCGCCGAAGAAGAAACCCAAGUGUAACAUCCUCUAAA